AUGAGGCCGGAAACCCGAGAUCCGAAAACCGGCAUUGCAAUUUUGUUAGCUCCUCCGUCCUCCUCCAAAGCCGACAUCCCGUCCUUUCCCGUCAGACCCAGCAACAAUGCGUUCCAGCCUAUCAUGCGAAUACUGCAGGCUCGGUCUGCCAAGAAAGCUGCUAGGAGAGUGCAGAAUAUAUCUUCGGCUUUGACACCAGGAGAUGAUGUCUCGGAGAUAUCGAGCACGCCGGGAUUCCAACCUAUUCCUAGUCCUAUAUCUUCAAGACAAGCUGCUUCGUACCUUGUACAAGAGACUGUGGAUGAACAUCUCACACGUCUGCCGAUCAGUGUCAUCCUGAAAGCCUUGAACAUCUUCACCGCCAAGUUUCCCGAACUGAGAAUUCUCCAAGCAUCGGCGUUUAUCAAGGAUUAUCAGACUGCCCGAUCGAAAGAAAGCAAGGCAUUGUUAGCUACGAUCCUCGCUAUUACGAGAAAGCAUUGCUCUGUAGUCACCGGAGACUGGCUUAGGAGCCUAAAGAGUAGCGAGAGCUAUGCUUCCUACGCCUGGAUUACACUCUUUGAUGCCAUUCUGCUACCGCCAAAAGUCCAAGUCGUACAGGCGUUGCUUAUCUUGACGCUCUACGAAUGGGGCGUGCGCGAGUACCAUAAAGCAUGGAUGCACUGCGGAAUGGCCAUACGUAUCAUGCAGUCUCUUCACAGCUCACGAGUCAGCCCGCACCCUCUUGAUGUCUCUCAAAACAACGACACAGACGUGGUAGCCAUAGCGGUAGAGUCGAGGACCUACUGGGCUUGCUUCAUCAUGGACUGCACCAUUAACUCUGGGACGUACAACCCACGUAUGCUCCCGAUGUCCGAGAUGCACAAGCUCAAAGUCCCUCGACCGCUCAACUACACGGACUUUGCAUUUGGUAUCGACGCCGCGUCGCUCGACCAUGUCUGCGCCGGGGAUCUAUCCGGCCUUGCACAAAGCUUUGAGACGAUAGCGCUUGGUUUUGAUAUCUACGCGCAGGCAAUGUCGUUCGUGUUCAAUAAUGGACGCUGUGCGCCUGGGAUGUGUGCACCUGCGAAUUGCCCUUGGGUUCCUGGGUCGGCUUGGUCGCAGUGUAGAGGUAGGUUGGAGGAAUGGAGAAAGGGUCAGCAUGAGAGGUUGUGUUACCCGCAGCACAGUGUUGUUGUUCAUAUGACGCUGGGACAUGGAGAGUCUUUCAUUUACCUGAACAUGCUCUACUAUCUGAGCACAAUUAUGCUUCACCGAGAAUACUUUCCCUUCUUACCCAAAGCCGACUCAACACCUCGAGGCCCUGUAGAUCCUCCUCUUCUAGAAGCCGAGGCGCCGCCAGGUUGGUGGGAUGAAAGCGCUAGGGAAUUAUUCAACGCAGCAGAGCAGAUAGCUUGUCUUCUCCAAGAAGCUUCUGAGUGCGGCAUCCCGCUCAUGACGCCGUUUUCCGGAUUCUGCGCCUUCACCGCGUGUUUUCUGAACCUCUACGUGUUUCGGUUUCCGAGCAUGAACCUGGGUCGGAGCUCAAGGGCUGAGCAACUCAUGAACUGGGGACUGGAGUACUUGGAAGAGUUCCAGAAUGCGUGGGAGCUAGCUGGUGGCUGGAUCAAAGCCAUUCAGAACUCAUCACUUUUGUACAAGAGAGCUACAGAGGAUGCAGGGAGGUAUCGAGGAAGAACAAGAGCUGAUUUCGAGACUUUGCAUCAGUCGAUACACGAAUAUCGAAUCGUUGAUAGGUCGGAUCAGCAUCUGCAGCAGAUCAACCACGCAGAUCACAAUUCGCUGAGACGAGAUGAGGAGAAUGAUGCGGCAGUGACCAGACAGACUCAAGCGUCGACUAAUCUAAGCACGGCUGUCAAUGCUUCUGUUCCAGAUCCAUUUCCGAAUUGGUGGUCUAUGUUGCAGGAAGUUGAGUUUACAGAUGUUGGCAAUUUGUGGAAUGGGAUGCGCGAGCUUUAG